AUGCGGCAUGAGGCCGACGGCCGAGUGCGCCCCCCCUCCCCGGCAAGAGCUCCCUCGGCGGUCGCGGCUCUCCCGGCCGGGAGCCCCACGGGCGGCCGCGCCCCUCCCCUGCCGGGAUCCCCUCCGCAGUGGACGCGCCUCUACCCGGCGGCGGGAGGCCCCCGGCGGCCACGCCCUCCCCGACGGCGGGAGGCACCGGCAGCCGCGCCCCUCCCCGUCGGGAGGCCCCCGGCGGCCGCGCCCCUCCCUGGCGGUGGGAGGACCCCGGCAGCCGCGCACUCCUCGGCGGCGGGAGGCUCCGGCGGCCGCGCCCUCCCCGGCUGCGGGAGGCUCCGGCGGCUGCGCCCCUCCCCGGUCGGGAGCCCCUCCGCAGUGGCCGCGCCUCUCCCUAGCGGCAGGAGGCCCCAGGCGGCCACGCCCUCCCCGACGGCGGGAGGCACAGGCAGCCGCGCCCCUCCCCGCCGAGAGGCCCCCGGCGGCCGCACCCCUCCCCGGCGGCGAGAGGACCCCGGCGGCCGCGCCCCUCCCCACCGGCGGACAUGGAGGACGACGAGCGAGGUCGUCCACGUGAGCGGCGGCCCCUCCCCACGGCGAUGCGGCGAGCGGCGGGCCGUGCAGGCUUUUUUGUUUUGUUUUGUACAACGAACUAUGCUGGCUGAAAGUAUCUAG